UAGCGGCAAGUUUGAAAAAUUCGAAGGAAACAUGCCGAAAGCUGGUUUUAAAAAAGCGCCAUUUCCACAAAAGAAGUCAGCAGUUUCUGAUACGAUCAGUGAUCUCUCAGACGAUGAUUUAUUGGAAUCAAAGCCAGUUAAGAUGCCCAUAAAACCGAUGGAAAAUGUUAGGCCUGUGAGAAAAAGAGCAGCGGAGGACAAGUAUCCCAUACAAGCUGACGAAGAUACUUUAAAUUUAAACUUGGAUGAUGAAGUUAGUAAAAUGUUAGAAUCAUUCGAAUCGGGUAUGCAGCGUGCAUUAAACGCGAAGAGAAAACGCCUACAAGAAUUUGCAUCAGGACCAAUAAAAGUCAUCCAAAACAAAAUUACACAGCUUUGGACAGCACAGCGUGAGAAACGGAAGAUCGACUUAAAUGAUUUCCAGGAAAACGUCAAAAAAGUUCGCCAGAAGUGGGAAUCAAAUCUAGACAAUUUUAAAGAAGAAGAAAAGAAAUUAUUUACAUUACUUCACAGACACAUGAAGGCAGCUAAAGAAAAAUAUGAUACUAUGAAAGAAAAUAUUGAAAUGUUGAAACAGUUGCAUGAAGACUUUUUCAAGGGCACUCAUGAACAAGACGAAAAGGAUCAAGAGACUUGCAAUGAAGUAUAUGUGCAAAUUGAGAAAGAAUUAAUUGACUUGCAGAAUAAAAUGUUACUGAAAACUCAGCAAGAUGAAAUUGCAAACAUGCAAAACUCACUAAAAAGACGAUCUCUGAAGCAUCAAGAAAUAGUCAGUUUGGCAAUGGAAGGAAAUGUGGGGGCUAAAACUAUAGAGGAAGACCAAAGCUUGAGGACAGUAAACAGAUUCAAAUAGAUAUGAGCAGCCCGGGAAAAAAAGAAGCUUCAGGGAGCAUCCCCAACUCCUGGCAGUUCCCAUGCCGAUGCUGAGGUGCUGCAUGACU